CCCUUUUAAUCUAAUUGUCAUGGGCUGCGUCUCAAAACCUAAUAAGAUGCCUACCUAGACAGCAGUCAUUGGAUUCAUUACUCCCAAAAUGCAGCUGGCUGGAAACUAACUUUUGAUCUUACAUAAUGUUUAUUUGUUUUUGUUUUUUUGGAGAAAGCCUUUGUGUCUGUGUUUGUAUAUUAUUAGGAAACUCAGUGUCUUUUUUCUGUGGUGUCAUGUGAUCGAGCAGCAGAAAUCCUGAGCAGAGCACAAACACAAGCAUGUGAGCUGGCUGUAAUUGGUGUGAUCCAUGCAUUUAAAUAAAGCAUCAGCAGUUCCUUGACUGAUGCAUGCGCUGCAGAUGCAAGAGAGACCUCUGUAAAAGACAGCAGAUCUCGUCUUAAUCUCUCACCUGUGUUCUGAGCGGAAAGUGUCUCUUAUCCAGAAUGCUACUGUAAUGACAGUCUGAUGGUCAUUUUACAGCAGAAGUAGGUAGAGUUCAGCUUCCCAUAUCUACAACCUCCCUCCGCUCUCUUCAUGUUUCCUGUGUAAGAAUGGACGGUAAUCAGUCAUUACAGCCCAGCUUGAACUCCACCUACAUGCCCUCUGAUAUCUCAUGUGACGAAGAGCAUUCUGAGGGCGAGGCUGUGGGGGGCGACACCUCCCCGCUGCUCCCCCGGCAGCAGCCCGCUGGAUCACUGGCAGACCGUCGCCCGCCGGAUGACUCCUACAAUAUGGUGUACUUCAUCUUUUUCCUGAUGGGCAUCGGCUCUCUGCUGCCCUGGAAUUUCUUCAUCACAGCCAAACAAUACUGGCUCUACAAGCUGAGUAACAGCUCCAGCCCUUCAGGCCACGAAGACACUCAGAAUGACAUCAGUGACUACUUUGAGAGUUAUCUUGCCAUUGCUUCAACUGUUCCAUCAGUGCUGUGUCUCAUCCUCAACUACCUCCUGGUGAACAGGUUUUCCUCGCGGGUGCGAAUCUUGGUGUCUCUGAUCUUGAUCUUGCUGGUGUUUGUGGUGACCACAGUGCUGGUGAAAGUGGACGUGUCUGGGUGUAGGAUGCAGUUCUUUGGAGGAACACUGGCCAGUGUAGCGCUGGUGAGCGGGAUGUCUAACAUCUUCUCUGGCAGCAUGUUUGGUAUCAGUGGCCACUUUCCCAUGAGGAUAUCUCAGGCACUCAUAUCAGGUCAAGCCAUGGGUGGCACUUUGAGCGCUGUGGCCUCAAUAGUGGAUCUGGCGGUGGCCAAUGAUGUGACCAACAGUGCACUGGUGUAUUUCCUCACUGCUGACAUCUUCACGCUCUUUUGUAUCGGCAUGUACCUGCUGCUGCCCAAACUGGAUUACUCGCGAUACUACAUGGAAAUGGCUGCGACACCCUUCAGUGAGUCGAACAGCCACAACAGCAGCUCAAACUCUGUACCGCCCCUCAAACCCAUCCUGAAGAAGACAUGGGUGCUGGGCUGCUGCGUCUUCUACGUCUUCUUCAUCUCCAUCAUGAUUUUCCCUGCCGUAUCCUCUGGAAUCCAGUCGAUGAAUAAAGACCCCGGAAACCCAUGGACCACCACAUACUUCGUACCCCUCACUAGUUUUUUACUGUACAACAUUGCCGAUUUCUGCGGCCGCCAAGCGACUGCCUGGCUACAGGUGCCGGGCCCCACCAGCCGCAUGCUGCCACUGCUGGUGUUCCUGAGGACCGUCUUGGUUCCGCUCUUCAUAUUGUGCAACUACCAGCCACGGUAUCACCUGCACGACGUGUUUUUUGCACAUGAUCUCUUCCCUGUGGUCUUCGUCUGCUUGCUGGGGAUUUCUAACGGGUAUCUGGGCACGCUGCCUAUGAUCUACGGACCCAAAGUUGUGCCACGGGAGCUGGCCGAGCCAGCAGGCGUCAUCAUGUCUUUCUUCCUCACGCUUGGGCUAGCUGCCGGAUCGGCUUUCUCUGUAGGGCUUGUUUACUGUUUAUGAGAACUGUUUGAAAAAUGUUUACACUACAGCAUCCAAGCACAAUGUCUAUUGCCAAACAUUUUUGAUUACCUUUUAAUAACUUUUAAAAACAAUGUGACUGUUCUCAGUCUUUUGAAUGUCAUCUUUGAAGAAAAACAUGAUUUUAAGCUCAGUUUUGUCUUUUAUAAUAAAACAUUUGGAGCAGCAUUACCUUGCUUCCUUCAUAAAGCACAGUUCUAAAACUACCAAACCCUGCCUUCUUAAACGCACCCGUGUUUUUGAGUUUGAGAUGUGAGUUGUGCGACCUUUAAUCCAUGUCUGUUUACAUUGAGGCCAUCUCUU